CUGCCUCGAAUUAGCUUCUAAGAUUGCAACGGCUUGUUGAUGCGAUUGCCGGAAAGUGUAUAGACAUAUCGUGUAUCGGAGGAAUCCCGAGGAAGUCGACGAAGGUGGUCGAGAUGGAAGUACCACCCCGCAUAAUUCGUCCAGUUCGCAGUGAAUCCAAAAUCACGAUGAUGAGCAACGCCAUGACCGUCGAGUCACACCCCGCCCACCUGACCUUCGGUGCAAACCCUCCUCACCGCAACGCACACCGCAUUCACUCCCAACAGACCUGCGUUUGCAAGCUCCCGCUCCGCUCCUUCACCACAGCAACACCGCCGCCGUCGCCAUGGCACCGCCGCCCUCGCACCGAUAUUUUAAUCUCCUCGGCCAUGACCCUCCCAGGCCGCAUCUACAUCUGCGCCCCAAGUCGCUCAUACAACCUGUGCGCAUCGUUGUAUCGAGCAUUCACGACAAGAUGCAACGGCUCGUCUCCUUCCAUGCCUCUCCGCCGAGCGCCACGCCAUUGCGCGACCGUCUUUCCGACGCUGUCAAGGGCAAAUCCGGCAAAGAGAAGAUAUCACCGGAAUUCAAGAGAGCCCUCCAGCUCUUGAACUUGACUGAACCCCAGGCAUUCGAGGACUUUUUUCUGGGGAAGCCGUCAUUCCUGGUCCCGUGGGCUGAAUUCCGCGAUUCGUUUUUCCUUCUGCAGCCGCCCGAGAAGCGCGCGUCGGAGCCGGGCAAGAUCACGGGCAUGGACAUCCUAUGGUUCUACACGCAUUUCGAUGAGGGGCUGUGUCGAUACGACUCACGCGGCGAUAUAAAUUCUCCAGAUUACACGGAUAACGUUAGUCAGAAUGACUAUGGGCGGCAGAUCGACAAGUCCGGCUGGGGUGCGGAAGAGUGGGAGAAGCUAAUGUAUGUUUGGAUGCUGCAGCUCUUCGAGGUGGGCAAAAUCUCCAACAAAACGGGUAUUCGAUACUUCAAGCUCCGAAAUGUGUGCACGGCGUGGAAGGAAGUGUUCGUGCCUAUUGUCGACGCGGUCCGAGACUCCUACGGCAUCAAUGGCAAACAGCAUUACGGGCGGCUUGCGCUGUACAUCGAGAGCCAGCGCCCGAGCCAACUUGGUGUUCUACAGAAGAACGUGCCUACGCCCACUACUUCUACUCCGCUCCGCAUACUGUCGAUCCCGAAGCAGCGCGACAAGGAGGCUCUGCCUCAGGCUAAACCUGACGCUAAAAAGCCCGACGAAUUUGAAGAAGCCCAGCAGGAGCUGCGUCAGGUCUUUCCGAAAUAUGGUCAGCUUAUCGAGCGGCCCAAGAACCGGGCGGGAUUAUUGGACUGGAUUGCAUUGAAGAAAAAGAACUUACAGCAGAAGAAUCCUGUCGGUCGAAAGAUCAGCGGUAGGGAGAGCCCCAUGUGGGGAUGCCAGGGUAUUGGUAGUGUUGCCUCGGGCAUUGACUCACCUCGUCGGUCUCGCAGUUUGAUGAGCUUCUCUUCUGGCCGCCGGUCUCCCUCAUCACCUCGCUCGAAGGUCCCUCGCACCCCCACAAGGAAGAACAAGAUGCAGGAUAAACUGGAGAAGUACGUGCCAUACGGUAUGUAUGGGCGCGUGCCAAAAUCACCGAAGCCGUCGACGGCGGGCCCGAAGAGCCCUAGUCACGGCAUCACGCGCCCAUUCGAGCUCCCACGCACGCCGCCAGAGCCCCGACAGUAUCCGGAGACAAUAACGGAGCGAGAUACGGAUAGCUUGAAUGAGUCCUUCGAGGAGUCCUCGUUCAAUCUCUCUCCCUUGCCGAGCUUCAGACCUAGCUUCGAGAGGCAGGCCUCGGACGGUGUAUACAACUCGAUCCGGGAGUCCAACCCUUUCGUGGAGGAGAAACCGAAAACUUUGAGUACGAUGUUGAACAAUGGCGAAUAUGAUGAUUCGGACAUAGAGGAGCACUUGCCUAUGAACCAACUGAGUGCGAUUCCGCCACCGCUGGCGCUCCGGGGGCCGGAAGCUUCCAACGAGGAGUUGCCGCCUGCCGGCAAAGGUGAGGACGAUGGUCCUCGCUAUCCGAGCUACGAGGGUACUGGGUACGAGCAGGAUAUUACCCCCAACUUCAUCGCCGACAAGAUGCAUGCCACGCUGGAACAUGACGGUUACCAGCGAGACCGUACCGUGCCGGGUCCCUCACGCAUCCCCGCGCCGAUCCAGCCUGUCCCAUAUGGUGGUAACCUCCGCACGGCGUCCAACCAAUCCCGCUUUCCCCAGCCCGGACCCCCACAGCAUGUCCCAUGGCCUGGUCGUGACUCUCCGAGCCCUCCGCCAAAGGGUGCGCCCCGGCCCGGUGACGAUUCCCCGCCUCCAGUGCCACCCAAGAACCCGACGCGCUACAACUCGAAGAGCGAUAUCGCGGGCGCGGCGCGCUCCGAGCAACUCCACAACGAAGAACCGCUACGUCCUCUAGGACCGCGAAUCGUCUCCAAGGAGAACAUCCGUGCGCAUUUGGGUGGCCUGUCUCGUGAGGCCUCGGAGGAGGAUCUAAGGAAGGUGCAUGAGCGAGAGCGUACUGCCCGCGCUAUGACUGCUUCUCCGCCGACGACUCUCCGGACUUACAACUCGCACAUGUUUCCGCGGAAAGGAACGCCGGUGGGUGCCUGGAUGGACAAGAAUCGAUACGGUCCGGGAGGCGAAUAUGAGAUGAAGGUGCUGAAGGAGGACGAGGAGCAGAAGGAGUAG